AAAUAACGCCCGCUACCCACGUGUGUGUGCUUGGUAUGCCUGACUCAGAGUCCAGUAGUGUGGCCAGUUCAGGAGGUAGCGAUGAAGAGAUGGAGGAUGCCAGUGAAGUAGAGGAACAAGAACAUAUCAGACAAGAGCUGCUGGACAUUCCCCUGGGCCAGUUGCAGAUGCUGAGGGAGAAGGUUGGCAUGAAAAAGUUUGACUCUGCUCUGAGAGAAGAUGUGGAGAAAAAGACUCAGAAAAAGAGGAAAUUCAAAAGAGACAACAAAAACAAGCCUCGAGAGAUGCCAUCCCACAGACCAGUGUCGAGGUUCAGACAUGUGGUACCGGUGCUGAAACGAGCAGCGAGGGACCCCAGGUUCGGGCAGAGGUCUGGGAAGUUCAACGAGACAAUGUUCAAGAAAGCCUACUCGUUCCUGGACGGGAUGAAGGAGGGAGAGAGACAGAUGGCCGAGAAAGAGAUGAGAAAGACCAGAGACCCCGAGAGGAGGAGCCAACUCCACAGACUCAUACAGAAUAUGGACAGCCAGAAGUUGGCAGAGAAAGGGAAGGAGGAGAAGAAGGGUUCCGAGAGGGAGCAGAGGAAGGCAGAGACACAGCUGCAGAAAGAAGGAAAGAAGCCUUUCUUCCUCAAGAAAUCGAUACGAAGGCAGCUGGAACUGGCAAAGCGGUACAAGCAGUUGAAGGAGAGUGGGAGGCUAGAGAAGUACCUGGCCAGGAAGAGGAAGAAGAACGCUCAGAGGGACAGAAGACAGCUGCCGUUCAAGAGACAUUGACCACAACCAACAUUCUCACAAAUUAAUAAUACACAUUUGAGUAUAAACUGUUAAAUGGUGAAGCGUUAGUACAAAACAGCAAAGAUGCAUACAGCAAAAUAUAAAGAUGUCUGCAUAAAAUAGCAGAGGGUGUGCAAAGGGUUAUUUACUGUAUCUCAUAUGAGAUGGUAUGUUAUGUGUAGUGAGAGGUGUGGAGACACACCAGAGAAAUAAGUGGUGUUCUACACCAGAGCUUCUCCAGCCUUUGGCAGAGGCAGCCCAGUAGCGACCCUCAAAAGGGCGACGUUUCUGUAGAUAAUGAACACACCGCAAUGAGUCAGCAAAGUCCGGCAAAUGGGGAACUCGCCUUUCAUUCAAGUAUGAAAGUCUUGUUCCUCCGUCGAGAGUUUCGACAAUCCAGUCAGUCCUUAGAACUACCUACAAAAUGGGUAGAUAGUCAACAAAAAAGUAGCUGUGCACUAAAACUUACGGCUCCCAUUCCAUCUGGCUUGGUCACUGUGACACUGCGCGAGAAUAUGUCUUCCUUCUCCUGGCUCUCGCCCAGUGUACCAGUAGGAAAGUCCUCCACUAGAGGUGCGGCUUUUUGUUCGUCAGGAAACAGCUUGUGUACGGGGUCUGUAGGGAAAGGGGAGGAGACGCGGUUACGUUCACGCACAUACCUAGCUGGCGCACACUACAUCAUGUCGUCUCACCUGGAACUGAAGAGGAAAGUAGGUCGCUACUGAGACUCCGGGGGCCCGGGGUGGCCGUGGAGGAGCCGUGUACUGCCGCACGAGCAGCGGCAACCUCCCGGCCACCCAAGCCCCCUACCUCUGGAACUUGGCUUGGCUGUACUACUUGGCUGAGUCCCUGGUUCGACAUUCGACGCGGGAAACAUACACCUGUGUGCAGCGGAGCCCAAGAGCGAUCGGUGAGUCGUUCAGAGACGUUCAGAGACUUUCAGCAGUUAGGGGU